AUCGCCAAUGCCGCAGCAGACCAAACGAACAGCAGCAAAACGUGUAGGCAGGUUUUGUGUGCGCUGGCUGACGCGGAGAAACGGAUGGAAGAAAGAGCUCACGGCAGUGAUGAUGGACGGCAGGAAGGGAGGGUUGAGGCGGAGGAAAGGCGAAGGCGAGCCUGGCGGUGAGGAGCAGGUGGAGAAGGAGGAAGAGCACAGACGGCAAAGACGGCAAGUGGAGGAGGAGGAGGGUAAGGAUGCUGCUGACACUGUAGCAGCGGUGAAGCAGCAGCCGCACGGCUGGAGCGGUCUGCUGCUGGUCACUGGGAUCGCCCUCCUGCUGCGCCUCGCAUUCAUCUCCCACCCAUCCUCGGUCGUGUGGGACGAGACGCACUUUGGCGGAUUCACAGCAAACUACAUCCAGGGCACGUACUUCUUGGACGUCCACCCACCCUUGGCAAAGCUGCUGCUUGCGUUUGUCGCCAAGCUGUCUGGGUUCGACGGCACCUUCCACUUUGACACCAUCGGCGCAGAAUACCCGGCAUCAGUUCCCUUUGUUGCGUUGCGCAUGCUGUCUGUCGUCUUUGGCACAGCGACCGUUGCCACCAUCCAUCAGAUUGUGCGUGCGCUUGGCUGCGGUGAGCGGGCUGCGGUUCUGGCGGGCGUGCUCGUAUCCGUUGACGCUGCAGCGCUGAUUGUCUCGCGCAUCAUCGUCUUGGACGCCCAGCUCGUCUUCUUCUGCGCAUUUUCUCUUCUGUGCGCCAUUCACGUCCGCAACACAACACGGACUGCUCCGUUUUCGCGGCGGUGGUGGUGCUGGCUGCUGUUGCUGGGCGCGAGUCUUGGCGCCGUGUGCAGUGUCAAGCUCGUUGGCCUCUUCACAUUCGCCACCGUCGGUUGCAUCACUGCACGCGACCUGUGGGAUCUCUGGGGCGCGCGUGAACCACUGUCAACCAUGGCCUACCACGUGCUCGCACGCGUGGUGGUGCUGAUUGCACUCCCUAUCGCAAUCUUCCUUGGAUGCUACUGGCUCCACUUCUUCCUCCUGCCCAACACGGGACCAGGCGCCGGGUUUAUGAGCAGCGAGUUCCGGUCGACGCUCGCUGGAGACCGACAGCCGCUCGUUGUCUCUGUUCCCCGCGAUGUGGCACACGAAUCCAUCAUCAGUCUCAGGCACGCGCACAACACGCCAUCGUGCUGGUUGCACUCGCAUGCGUUUCGCUACCCGCCAUACCCGAAGGAGGGCAGCGACCUCGUCUCGAGCCAGAUGCAGCAGGUGACGUGCUAUCCGCAUGCAAACGAUCGGAACAACCUGUGGCGUGUCACCAUCCUCAACAGCACGCUCACGUUCGACAAUGAGUAUGACGACAACGGCGAUGACGAUGGCGAUGAUGAUGGUGAUGCAAACGUACGAUACUUGCAACACGGAGAUGUGAUUGUGCUUACACACAUCGACACAGGACACCCACUGCACAGGUAA